CGCUUCACAAGAUGCUCUUGUGGGAGAUUGGUCUGUAGGUUAUGGUGUAUGCAUUCCAGCAGCAGAAGCCAAAAUGCAACACACUCAUUUCAGGUACAAGAAAGAAAAGUCAGAUUUAAAAAAAAUUCUGUCUGCUCUUCAGAAAAGUGGAGGCUCUAAUCAGAUGCUUGAGUUUAGCAUAACACCUUUUGGCAGAUAAGGCGGAGACUGAGUUCUGACCAGAUCUAUAUGGGAUACCCUGUUAAGGAUUCCCAGACAAAGGAAAGGAGCACUAGCGGAUUGUUAAACCCUCGGUUCACUUAUGUUUCCCACGAGAUCGAGCAUAUUCGUCGCAGAACGCUCUUUUCACCUUGGGAGGAGAGUGCAGCCUGCCAUCCCAUGCCUUCCCCAACCCAAGGACCAUGUGAGGGAGGCCUCUGAAGAGGAGGGGAUUUGAUCCAACAAUCCAGCUCAGUAAGCCAAGAUGGAAGGUGAACUGGGACAGGGUGCAGGGUUGGGCUCCAGCCAGCCUGUGGAGGCUGAGCCCACUACCCAGAGGACGAUGUCGCCAGCCAAGGCAGGAGGAGAUGCAGGGCUGGGCCCCUGCAAGCACAACGGUCUGAUCAACACACACAGCCUGAUGGUUGAGACUAAGGAAGGCCUUGUGUCGGUGUACUCACCCCCCCAGUACCAGGGUCACAUGGUAGUCAACCUAUCGCCCCAACAGGAGCAGAAUGGGAGGGGCAUGGGCAGUGGAGGGGCAACCCCACAGCUGCUAAACCCCAGCACUCUACCCCAGGGCAUUGACCCCUGCUUCAGGCCUAACCUGAUCCUGUACUCGGAGAACAUGCUGCGGGCCUGGGGGGAUGGAGGGGUUGGGGACUGCUGUGAGACUACUUUCAUAGAGGACUUGGCGCCUGGCUCUUCAGCCGCCUCCAAGGAUGCAUUGAUGUACGCCGACAGCAAGUUCCUGGACCUAUCUGGGGAGGAUGCAAAGAUCCAGACCCUUUCCUACGACAUUGAUGACGAUGAUGAAUUCCAGGAGCUGGAGAGUGAAUACACGAGCGACUCGGAGAGUGAAGACAACUUCCUCAUGAUGCCACCGAGGGAUCACUUGGGCCUGAGCGUGUUCUCCAUGCUGUGCUGCUUCUGGCCCCUGGGGAUCGCUGCCUUCUACCUGUCUCAUGAGACAAACAAGGCUGUGUCUAAGGGGGACUUCCACUCAGCCAGCUCCAGCUCCAGACGUGCCCUCUUCCUGGCUGUGCUGUCAAUCACAAUUGGAACAGGCAUAUAUGUGGGCGUGGCUGUAGCGCUCAUCGCAUACCUUUCCAAGAACCACCACUUGUAGUCCUACACCCCAUGCCCCGCCUCGCCGUACCAGAGCAAUGACUGAGGUGGAGGGUGUGGUCCACUUGGCUGCAGUGGAACUUGGAAUAUGGGCCUGCGGAUUGCGGGACUAUCACGAGAGGCAGAACCUGGCUACGUGCAUGACUCAGAUGGUGGGACAUAACUUCAGAGGGACAUGAUAUGGAACAUAAUAUGGUAACGGUCAAGUUGUUAUUUGACUUGAGAAACAGAUACUGGAGACUGUUAUUUUUUUCCAUACAUGGAUUAUUGUCUCCAAGAUGCAUUCUUUGAUGUUAAACACACCAUAUUUGUGAGACAUGUUACAUGCAGGUCGUAACGUCAUACAAAUGUAGUACAGUAAAAAAGCCCCACUUUCACAUCUACUGGUGGAAAAUAUACAAAAGGAGCGCAUCUUUACGAUGUUAAACAAUUGUGUGUGCGUUUUUUUACCAAGCAAACACACGGCCUUUGACAGAUCAGAAUAACAUGCACUAAAUAUUGUACUAAGGGCAUACUUUCCAUUUAUGGGGGCAUGUUCUCUGCUCGGUUAACGGUGAGUGGUGCACUGGGCUGCUUUAUAUCCAGCUACAUUUACUACAAAAUCAGUCACGUCUGGCAGCUCCUGUUACGUGUAAAGAGGCUGGAUAAAAGGGCUGUUAAUAAAGCUGUCAGUCAUCCAUAUAUUCAACCUGUAUACAUUUAUUCUACAUCUCAGUCAACUGAUCAGCAGAUACCACAUAUAAGACUUACUGCAGCUCACAGACAUAAGGGCCCAUUUCUCUGUGAAUAAUACAACUCCCAAAGGCAAGAUAAUCUUGAUUCUGUUAUCUCAAGGAAGAACGGAUGUGUCCUCAUAGCACAAUAUUUUCUGAGCAUUCACCAGAAACGUCACGUUCUCGCUGUUAACGUACGACGACAUGCUUUGGUGUUUCGUAUGGAAGAAGUGCACCGGCAGCAGUUCUCUGACAAAACCUGCUUAUUACCCAGAAAUGCCUCUCCAUGUUGAUAGGCAUAAAUCAAUAGGGAAGAGGAAGUGCCCGCGCCCUUGGAGGCAGAAGCCAUGCUGUAAAUACUUCUGUAUACAUUUUGUUUAUACACAAACUGGGAUAGAAGCGAUUCAUGCCUAUCUGCAAAACAUUCUUUGCAAUAUUAUUGAUUUUUUUGCUGUACACUGCUACCAUGUCAAAACUGUCAAUGUUUUGGAGACUCAUUGGAGAGUCCGUGUUUGACAUGAAAGUGCUUGCAAAUUAAAUGUAGUAUUUCCAAUGAAAUAACGUCUGAUGUGCCUGCAGUUUCAAAAUCUGACUUGGGUUGGUUCAGGUGCAACUUUCCUAACGUGACUGUCCUUUUUUCAUGCACGUUAGCAUCAUUUAUUACGGCAUGCUAUUAUAGGGAAAUAUUAUUCAGCAUAGAUACAUUGUUUAGGAUAUUUUUUGGGAGGGAAUUUUCACUUCAUAUAGUUGGAAACAGAAGGGGAGACAGACAGGCAGCUGAACAAUGGGAAGGGUGGAUGCUGGGAUUUAUCCCCAGUCUCUGAUGGGGAGCACUGCACCACAUAAUAAUAACAUAUAUAACCACAAAUUAUAUCUUAAAGGCUGGGUAAGUAAGGUAUCAAUCACAAUAAAAUAGAUUUGCUACAUAAAUUCUCAUAAAAUAGGUGUUUACUGAAGUCUGCAUUCACCUGGUGUACAUUAUGGACCCUUCUCAAGCAUCAGGUUUCCCUACUCUGUCCCCUGUCUCCUUGACCAAACCACACAUCUCCACUCUAUUAAAAACCUGUACCCUGGAAUGACUAAUUACCUGCACAUACUGUGUCAUGGCAGCAGAAACAUCUCACUGCCUGUCAGAAAUAUUAAGUUGCCAGGCACCGAGAUGAUGAAUCCAUUUUACAUGACACUGCGGGCGCAGUGAUAGCUCUAACCUUUCUUCUUCUGCCACUCCUCUGCCACUGUGAGAAUGGUGAGUAUGAGAGAGAGACCCUAUGGAUCAAAGGGAGGGUGGUAUUCUCUGUAAUGAAUGGGACUGUCAUUUAUCUGUCCACGGAUGUCAGGCAGUGGUAAUUAACGUGGCUUUAAGACUUCCAUGUCUCCAGCUGAACUCCAAGGCGCAGAAAACACUGAAAAAUAGGAUGGCUUAAAAUAUGCCAAAAGAGCUUAAAGAGGCAACAGUAUUUUGGGAAAAUGGUAUUUUGGACAGAGGAGACAAAUAGACAGAGGAGUUAUGGCAAGGGAAUGGUGUGGAGAAAGAAAAGAAACAGGCCAAUUACCCCAAACAUACUGCUAAAGCAGGAGAAUUUCAAGGCAAAAAUUGGAAUGUUGGACUGGUCGAGUUAGUUACCCUACCUGAAUCCAACUGAGUAUGUGUUUCACCUGCGGAAGACAAGACUGGAGGAAAAAAGAGCCCCCAAAGAAACAGUAACUAAAUACGGCUGCACUUCAGGCCUGGCAGAACAUCACCACGGAAGACAACCAGCGUCUGGUAAUGUCUAUGGGCAGUCAUCAAAUGCAAAGGAUUUGAAACCAAAUACUAAAUAAAUUACUUUAUUUAAGAUUACGUUCAUUUAUCCAUUUACUUUUGGUCCCCUACAUUUGGGUUGUAAUUCCUACAAGGUUGACAUUUUAUGGAAGUAUAUACCCUGAAAUUAAAGUAGACAGCUUUGGUCAUUGUUUCAGUUCAAAUCCACUGUGCUGGAGUAUAGAGCCAAAACAACAAACACUGUGACUGGCUGUACUGUGCCAGGGUUAUAAUUUGAGAGUACUGAUAACUUUUACCAGAAUGUUUAACAUUUUCAAAGAUUUUGUGGACUGCUCAUAGCACGUAAAAUACAUAAUAUAAUAUAUUAAAAGCAGAUUUUAAUAUACAAAAUAGAAGGACAUAGCUGUAGGACUGAAACUUCUCCCUAAGUUUAAAUCAUUACCUUAAUAAAUGCGGAUGGUGUUUAACAUGAGUUUAAGCUGAUGCAAUGUGCCAUACAGGUGCUGACUAACAAUGAGUCCAGUUAUUUACAUAUAUUGUAUGUAAGAAGAGAGAUUUAGCAUGAAAUGCUUUCUAUUUUCACACAUUUUAUUUUACUCUGUUAAUGUGGUUUUGU